AUGCUGCUGCUGCGUGCAACCACCGCCCGCGUGCUCGGCCCGUCCGUCCUUGCGCGCUAUGCGAGCUCGUGGACCUUCUCGUCGGGCCUCGCAUCGCUGCCGCAUCCCAAGAAGAAGCGUGGCGAAGACGCUGCCUUCGUAUCGCCCACGGCGGUCGGCGUCGCGGACGGCGUCGGUGGCUGGGCGACCAAAGGCAUCGACUCGGGCGCGUACUCGCGCGCUCUUAUGAAGGUCUGCGAAGCCACGCCCGUGAGCAACCCUGUUGCCCGCCUCAAUGCUGCGUACGAAGCUGCAUCGGUACCUGGUAGCUCGACGGCCUGCGUCGUGAGCUUGCAAGGCGACGAGAUUACGGCAGCCAAUUUGGGCGACUCGGGGUUCCUUCACUGCCGCCAAGAAGACAACAAGUGGACGCUUCUCUUCGAGUCGCCGCCACAGUGCCACUACUUCAACUGCCCGCUCCAGCUCGGUAUGGACAGCCGGGAUCAGCCCAAGCAUGCGGACGUAACGCAGCACACGGCGCUGCCAAACGACUUGAUCCUGGUUGCGACCGACGGCGUGUUUGACAACCUCUUUACCGAAGAGCUUUUGCAGCUCCUCGACCAGAUCUCCGAGAUCCACCCGCCGACGCCCGACAACAUGCCUGUCUUUGCCAAAAUCAUUGCUGAAGUGACGCAAAAGGUCGCAGCCUCCGAGACGCGCAUGACGCCGUUCGCCGUGUCGGCGCGCCACGCCGGGUACAAGUCGACGACGGGUGGCAAGAUGGACGAUAUUACAGUGGUUACGGCGCUCGUUCAGGAAGGCAGCUAG